AUGGAGGAUCGUAACGUCACCGACGCGGAUCGAGAAUGUCCGCAACUUCCGGAAUUUGAUGAGAAACUGAGUGGACAGCGAGAUUUGAAGGCGAUGAAACCGGGAGAGAUUGGAAAGAAUUGGAAAGUGGUGAAAGCGAUUGAGUCAGACAAGGGGUUCAAUACGAUUUAUGUGGCUGAGCACAUUCGCAAAAAGAAAUUGGCGGCUGUUAAAGUGGAACGGAAAACGGAGCCAAUCAAAAUGUUACAGUUCGAAUUGUUCGUUUUGUUGACUGUGGAAAAGAAGAAUCAGUGCAAACAAUUUUGCAAGCUAUUCGAAAAAGGAAAUGAGAAAGACUACAAUUGGAUUGCUAUCACUCUGUGUGGAAAAAAUUUGAGAACUCUUCGUAAACGUCAACCAGGUGGAAAACUAUCGGUUGCAUGUGGUUUGAGUGUAUCCCAACAAUGUCUGAAGGGUCUCGAGGAACUUCAUCGUCUCGGAUUCAUUCAUCGCAACGUGGCACCGUCGGUUUUUGCAAUCGGAAGAUUUACUGGUGAUAAUAAUUCGGAUCUGAGAAAUGUUGGAACAAAAAAAUUCAGUAAUCUAAAAUUUAUUCUUUUCCAGAUCUACAUUCUCGAUUUUGGAUUCGCUCAUCAGUUCACGAACAAGGAUGGAACAUUGAAACCACCAUCAUCGAAGCCAUGGAAAUAUGUUGGAAGUCUUCGUCAUAUGCCACGUGCCGCCUUCUCUCGAGUUGAAUUUUCGAGAAUGGAAGAUUUGGAAAUGUGGUUUUAUCUGAGUGUUGAGCUCGUCAAGGGAUGCCUUCCAUGGGCUCAUUUAAAGAAGCCAAAAGACGUUCAUGACUAUCAGAAAUUGUGUCGCAACGGUCUUCAUAUGCGUGAGAUGCUUGGAGGUCUUCCACCAGAGUUUGUCAAUAUUAUGCACAUGGUCGACAACAUCUCAUUCACCGACACUCCGAACUACAAUGAGAUCUAUGGACUUUUGACGAAUGCGAUUCUUUCCAGUGGAAGAAAUGAGUUUCCGUAUGAUUGGGAGGAAACGGAGAUCAAUGAGUUCAAGAAUCCACCGAAACCAAGUGCCGAACAUGUAACCAAAUAA